AUGGCGACAGAAGAGAUUGGAGGCACAGUCCCUUUACUGGACGUUACAAAUGGUAAAGGGGAAUGUCUUGCACAUACUAAUCAGAGGAAAGAUCAUGCUCAUUCUCACACUGGCGUAAUACUAGCAUUUACUGCCAGUGGGUUAGUUUCUGUCAGUUUCGUUGUAUCUAAGCUAGUACCCACAGUUCAUCCAUUCGAGGUAGUAGGAAUCCGCAUGUUACUUAUGUCGAUUUGUGUUAUGCCAUUGAUGCUUUACAAGAACGUGGCUUUUCUUGGAUCUAAGGGAAUCACCUACCCAUGGUUGAUCGUGUCAAGUCUCGCCGGUAGUUUGCUGGUUAUCUCUACUUUUGUUGCCAUUAACCUAUUACCUGCUGGGAACGCUGUCGUAAUUUUUUCUAUUCACCCAAUCUCCACGGCGUUUUUGAGCUGGUGUAUUCUAACAGACUCCGUUAAAUGGAGCGACUUUGUAUUUGGUUUGGUUAGCAUAGUAGGCAUUGUUGCAAUAACAAAACCAGAUUUUCUCUUUGGCCAUUCAUCAUACAAUAACACUGGGCGCUCCCUGGUUGGAACAUGCGUCGCUCUAACUGCGGCGCUGCUCACAUCUUUACUGUGUGUAGGUAUUCGAAAAUUGGAAAACAGAAUGCACACAUUGGCAGUGUUAUUUUAUAUUUCAGUUAGUGGAAUUGUUAUUACUGUAACUCCAUUGUAUUUUAUGGAUGCAUUUUCACUGCCGGCAUCGCUCAAUGAGUGGAUGUACGUAGGAGUAGUCGUAAUUUGUGGUAUGUUAGGACAGGUGUGCAUGAUAACAUCUCUGCAGCUUGAGAAGGCUAUAUAUGUAGCGAUUAUACGAACAAUGGACAUCGUGUUUGCCUACAUUUUGGAAUAUAUAUGGCUGGGAAAUCAACCGGAGUGGACUGGUAUUGGGGGCGCUGUACUUGUCAUAAUAUCCACUAUGAGUAUCAUGGGUCAAAAAAUAUAUGCUGAAAAAACAUGA